AUGUCUACGAGUAAGCCCAAGGCGUUCCUCAAACAGUCGAAGUCGAAGAAGAAAGCAGAACAAGCUCUAGAAACCGUCGAUGACUUCCAGGCAGCUGGAGUGGACUUUGAAGAAGCCGCAGGGAAAUGGAGGGCCGGAGAUGCCGUCAAGUCCAUGCGCUUCUUUUCCAGAGCUAUCGAGGUAUAUGACCAGGGGUUGCAGACCUUCCCGACUAGCAUUGAUCUCGCCUACAAUAAAGCAAGAGUCUUGUUGGAAAUUGCAACGCAUCCUCUUCUCGUGCCACAUUUGCACCGGCCACUUCUCGAGGUUUUGCAGCAGGCACUAGAGGCGCAUCGCUACGCUCUUACUCUAGAUCAGGACAACCCAGACACUUUGUUCAAUACGGCUCAAGUUCUGACGGCUAUUGCCGAAGUUUGCGCCAAAGAUGUCAAUCGAGCUGAUCAGGAUGUGCUGCAACUACUCGAGGAGGCUUUGGAACUACAAAAUCGGUGUUUGAGCAUUCAGGAGCUCAAGCUCGAGGAAUACAUGCAACAACAAGAUGAGGCGGCCACCCAAAUUGCAUCAGAAAACGCAACUGAACCCACCAGCGUGACCGAUGAGGGCAACCCCGGUUCAUCCGCAGUCGGCACUGAAGACCAGUGGUUCUCGGUUGUGGAGCCAGUAACAAAAGAUACUCUGAUUGACACUAUUCUCGCGCAGCUAGGGACCCUCACUACCCUCAGCAGCUUUCUGAGUUCCUCAGAUUCCGUCCCGAUUUCCAGCUUGGGUUACAUCGAAGAAUAUUCUUCCAAACUGGUCAAGACAAAACUGCCGCCGCUCCUUCAAGACGCCGAACCAGAGAGACUGCAAGAAGUUGCACUUGCUCGGGCGAAUCUGGCGUCCGAAUUGCUAAAGGCAGGCUACCUGUUGGGCUCAAUCGACCCAACCACAUACAAGCGGGAGCGGGAUGAAGCUUUUCAAAUGCCUGAACUGGAACUGGAAAGGAGCUUUCCUGCCUUGCUAGCUAACGCAAACAGUCUAAUUGCGUUCAACUCUGCCCUUGCAGACGGCGAGGCCUCCAACGCCGUCUCCCAUGCGUCGAUGCGGUGGAGUGCCUUGGCCGCAGCGAUCACCAAUAUGGCCACAGCAUCUAAGAUUUCUGGUCCUCUGCCUGAGGAUAUCGCCGAAACACAUUUCAUCCGUGGGAAUUGCUCUCUCCUGCAACAUCAGCUAGGACAGCCGCCGAUAUCCUACAACGCCGCCAUCGCGAACGGACCUCAGCUUUUGAAGAAUGCAGAGACUUUCUAUCGCAAUGCCAGCAAACUCUAUCAGGACCCCGAGCAGAAAGCUGCGUCGCAGCUUAGGGCCGUUGUUGCUCAGGCAAUCCAGGCGCAAAUCGAUAUCGCUUCCGCCGCUGUCCAGCAUGAUCAGGGAAGGGACCAGGAAUGGGUCAGAGUCCAACUUGAUGACAUGGCUGACGACGGGCUCAUUGCGCCACUCGCUCAGUCUCUUUGA